AUGAUGACGAGAGUGACGAAGGCGAACACGGAGGUGAUGGUACGGGUGAGGAAUACAGACAGGCUCACAUCAUCUGGAUCGAUUUGUCACUAUCGGGCGCUUGCCAAUGCACGAGAAGUCUAUACGAAGAAGAAGAAAGCUGGAGCGAAGGCGAUCAAGGCUUCGGAGGCAACUGACAAAGCAAUUGCACUGGCCGAGAAGACCACUUUGAAAACCCUGGAAAAGCAGCAAACGAAGCGAAACGUGAUCUACCAGCGGCGCAAAACGCUUUGGUUUGAGAAGUUUCAUUGGUUUCUUACCAGCGAAAAGAACUUGGUGGUUGCUGGAAAAGAUGCGCACCAGAACGAACAACUGGUCAAGCGGUAUCUGCGGAAGGGAGAUGUGUACGUCCACGCCGAUCUUCAUGGCGCUGCUUCUUGUAUUGUGCGCAACCAUGCAAGCACUAGGAACAUCGAGACCCAGGAACUUCCUCCUGUAUCUAUAACUACGCUAGAACAGGCAGGACGCAUGGGUGUAUGCCGCAGCAACGCCCGGAGUAGUCAGUUGAUUGCUGGAGCCUAUUGGGUCCAUGCCGACCAGGUGUCAAAGACCGCGCCAGCAGGCGGGUUCCUCACGACUGGCAGUUUCAUGAUCCGGGGCAAGAAGAAUUACAUCCAGCCAUCUCGGCUCGAAAUGGGACUAGCAAUUCUCUUUCAUAUUGACGUGAGCAGCGUCAGCCAGCAUGCGCGCCAGAAUGAAGAAAGAGAUCUUCGGGUGAUGGACGACUUUGACGAGAGAGAUGGGAGUGACUUACCAAACGUUCUGCCGGAAGAACAGGAAGGAUUGCACCAGCAAGACGUGGCUGUCGAGGAGAAAAGUGAGGAAGCGACAGACGACAGUUGUUCGGAGCCGCGUAAGUCUCAUGUUCCUGCGGAUGUCGCUCAAGGUAAUGAGAUUGACGACAGAAAAGACAAGUCAGACCCGUCUAAACAGGAGCCUCAGCGUGACGGGCGAAAACGGUUGUCGACAAGAGAGCGCCGUGACCUGAAGAAGGGUGUCCCAACAGCUUACGAGGAUGGAGCUGGUGACAAUAGUCAGCCGUCUUAUCAGGCAAAACAGGGCCAAAGGAAGGAUACGCGCAAGUCGCUCGACAAGGGCAACGUCCAGGUCUCUCGGCUGGAUAAGAGCGUUCGUGGCAAGAAGAGUAAGGUGAAGAAAAUGAAGAAGAAGUACGCUGACCAGGACGAUGACGAUCGCCGGCUGCGCAUGGAGGCGCUGGGUCACGUGAUGGAGGAGACAGACGAUGGGGACAGCCAGCGUGACCAGAACAGUGAGUGCGUCGGACAAGCGAGAGAUGGAGGUGUCGAUGACGAGGACGAUGGUAGUCCUGUGACCAGUGCCACCACCGAGACCAAGGACGAGUACAUUCGUCAGCAGCGCGAGAAAAAAGAGAAGUUUCUUGACGAGCAAGAGGGUGAGGUGGAAAGCAUUGGAUUCUUUGAUGCGUUCACGGGCGAGUAUCUACCGAACGACAUUGCGCUGUUUGCCAUGCCCAUAUGUGCUCCGUACGCCUCGCUGAGUAAGUUCAAGUACAAGGUGAAGCUCACGCCUGGAAGCCAGAAGAAGGGCAAGGCAGCGAAGCAAGCGAUGGGUCAUUUCUUUGCGGCAAAUCUGAAGGAAGAGAAGGGCAUGCAAAAGACGCAGCCGGAUGAGAAUCCGCUUGCAGUGCAGCGCAAGCUCAUGCGACUCCAUGGCGCUCACGAGUGCAAGCGGUCAUCGAGCAAGUUCAAGAAGAGCAACAAUAAGUAG